UAGGAGUGGGCGAUCAUGCAGCGGAAGCAACGGGUCGUUGACCAAUUGCGUUUUACGAAACCUACAACCACGAAAUUUGUAUUUUGGUACACGAGCUACAUCUUCUCCUGGGUCUGGCAACCUAUAUUAACAAAGAUGAUGGGUGCACUGUCGGUGGUGAGUCAGCUGCGGGACCUGGCCUCUGAGCCGCAGAACCGAGAGGUGAUAGUCCAGGACCAGGGCUGUCUCCCCGGGCUGGUUCUCUUCCUGGACCACCAGAACCCAGACGUGCUACUCGCAACUCUUCAGACCCUGCGCUACUUGGCUGAGUUGUCCCCCAACAUCUCCACCAUGAAGAAUGAACUGGGUAUGAUGGUGAGCUUGGAGAAUCUAAUUGAGAGGGAGGGCCUGUCUGUUGACAUUACAGCCUUGGCCAAGGAGGUGUUUGACAUUCUGAGUGCACCUGCUAAUCCUGUGCCACGCACACCUGAGCGGGAGAGGAGAAAGAAAUCCCAGUUUUUUAUCAACUCCACCAACAAGAAGGCCAAGUCUGUCACUCUGCACAUCCAGGGGCUGGAUAGCACUGACCAGCGAGGCUUGUGUGAGGAGGCUCUUCUGAAGGUCAGAGGAGUGAUCAGCUUCACCUUCCAGAUGGCGUCCAAGAGAUGCACCGUCCGCAUCCGCUCAGACCUGCCCACCGAGAGUCUGGCAUCAGCCAUCGCCGCCACUAAGGUGUUGUCAGCCCAGCAGGUGGUGAAGAACGAGGCAGGGGAAGAGGUUUUUAUCCCUCUGAACCCAUGUGGUGGGGAAGUGCCGCAAAACUCAGCUCUACCAGACUACCUCCCAGAAGAAGAAGAGAGCCCAGAGAGGGAGGUCGACAGAGCGGUUUCCCGCACCAAAGCUAAGGAAGAUUCUAAUGGAAGCUGGCUCAAUGCUGCCGCCGGUUUCCUCACCAAAACCUUCUACUGGUAAUCCUGGCGGAGUUUAAUUUCCUGAGAUCCAGUGAUGCAAAGUUGUGCUAAAAGACUGCAACUGCUUUGUAGUUUGAAUGAGUGGACAUCACCGGCUGUUGGCACACCAAAGGCCUACAUCCUGGCAGUGUGUGCAUGGUCUGGACUUCACCAACUUGCCAUCAGUUUUCGGAAAAACACAUUGUCAGCGUGCAAAAGCACUACUGAUUUUUUUGCUCUUAUCUGGUUACUAAUGGAAAAUCACACACUUGAAUAUCUUGUCUCUGGACUUGCAUAAUGCGGUUUCCUAUCUAGUAUUUUCAAAUGUAAAUAUUUUCU